AGAGGGAGACACAGAAUCCGAAGCAGGCCCCAGGCUCUGAGCUGCCAGCACGGAGCCCGACGCGGGGCUCGAACUCACGAAUGGUGACAUCAUGACCUGAGCCAAAGUCAGACGCUUAACCGACUGAGCCACCAGGUUACAGACGAUUCGUGAAAUGAGUGACUCUGAGGAUGAUGAUGUCCCCCGGCUGUCUUCCCACGCCUUAGCAGCCCUCCAGGAAUUUUAUUCUGAGCAGAAGCAACAGAGUGACCCAGGCGGGGAUGAUAAAUAUAAUAUUGGAAUAAUAGAAGAGAACUGGCAGUUGAGCCAGUUUUGGUACAGCCAGGAAACCGCUUUGCGACUUGCAAAGGAAGCCAUUGCAGCCGCGGGAGACUGUGGCAGAAUAGCCUGUGUGAGUGCCCCCAGUGUUUACCAGAAACUGAGAGAGCUACACAGAGAAGACUUUUCUAUAUACAUCUUUGAAUAUGACAAAAGAUUUGCUAUAUACGGAGAGGAGUUUAUCUUCUAUGAUUACAAUAAUCCAUUGGAUUUACCUGAAAAAAUUGCUGCACACAGUUUUGACAUCGUAAUAGCAGAUCCCCCCUAUCUCUCCGAGGAAUGUCUCAGGAAAACGUCAGAAACCAUCAAGUAUCUGACUCAGGGCAAGAUUCUGCUGUGCACAGGUGCCGUCAUGGAAGAAGAGGCAGCGAAACUUCUUGGCGUGAAGAUGUGCAAAUUUAUUCCAAAACACACCCGGACCUUGGGAAAUGAGUUUCGCUGUUAUGUGAAUUAUGAUUCUGGACUAGACCGUGAAAUCUCAGUGUAGAUAGUAACAUAACACAGUAAAGGAUCCUAUGUGACGUUUCUAUUUCCUUGGUAGAUUGAAAAGCUAUAACCUCCUCCUGUCCCCUAGAAUGGGGCUGGCUCUGGCCUGAUUUCCAAAAUAAAGAAUACAGCAUCUCA